AUGCGCGAGGCAACGGUCGCUCCAUCAGCUGCGGCGGGCGUGCGGUCCAUCCUCGCUUUAUGCAAGGCACUGGAGUGGCAAGAGGCGCUGGGCCUUCUGCAGACGGAGGAGGCGGCUUGCAGCUCCUGCCUUGCGCACAACGCCCUCAUCAGCGCCGCAGGGAAGCGACUUCUCUGGGAGGUGGCCCUCGACCUGUUCCAGCACAUCGCAUCACGACAUCUUAUCCCGGACAUCGUGUCGUACAAUUCGGCCAUCGACGCCUGCGGCCGAGUAGAGGAAUGGCAGCGAGCACUGCUCCUGUUGGAUGAUUCCCGGGCAGCCGGCUUAGAACCGAAUCUGCGGAGCUACAACACCGCCAUCACUGCGGUGGAAGGCCACUGGCAAAGGGCUUGGGCUCUAUGCCAUGAGACGACAGUCAUUCGCGUCUCGCCGGAUGCCAUCACCCUGAAUGCUUUGAUCACCGCGUGCAGAUGCGCAGGGGAAUGGCAGAUGGCUCUGCACGUCCUACAACACCUUUGCAGCUCGACCGCUCUGGAGCCCACCGUCGUCUCCUUCGGUGCGGCCAUCGGAGCUUGUGAAAAGGCGGCCAAGUGGCGCGAGGCGAUUUGCCUGCUGUGUUCUCUGAAGGGCGAAGGCUUCGAGAGCAACACCGUGGUCUACAACGCUACCAUGGCCUCCUGUGGAAAGGCUGCCCAGUGGCAACAUGCUUUUUGCCUUCUGGAAGAGCUGGUUGAGGAGCGAUUGGAGGUCAGCAUCGUCACCUACGGCACAGCCAUUAAUGCCUCCGGCAGGGCUCAAGAGUGGGAGAUGGCUCUUGGGCUGUUGGGCGCCCUCCUCUCGACGCCGGGACUCGGAGCGAACGUAAUCACCUACAAUGCAGCCAUUUCCGCCUGUGGAGGCGCCUCACAGUGGUCACGGGCACUGUGCCUGCUGGAGGAGAUUGGCCGAACCAGGCUGCAGUGGACCAUCAUCUCCUUCAACGCUGCAGCAAGUGCCUGUGAGCUGGCGGCUCGCUGGCAGGUUGCGUUUGGUCUGCUGCAAGCAGCCGCCGACCUAGAGCUGCGACGAGACAUCACAAGCUUCAACGCAGUCAUCAGCACCUGUGAGAAGUCUGCCGAGUGGGUUCAGGCAUUGGGACUCUUGCUGGUUGCAAGUAGCUUGCAUCUUUUCCCCGAUGUGGUGACCUACGGUGCGGCGAUCAGUGCCUGCGAGAAAGCCGGAGAGUGGCAGCGGGCUUUGGGCCUCCUCCGCCUCCUGACGACUCAACGCCUCCAGGCGAACAUCAUCACGUACAAUGCAGCGAUCAGCUCUUGCGAGAAAGGGCGGAGGUGGCCGCAGGCUUUGGCACUGCUGUGGGAAGCCUUGGGGAAGGGCCUUCCAGCGGAUGUGAUGUCCUGCAAUGCUGCCCUCGGUGCUUUGGAGAAUGCCAGCUGCUGGGAGAUGGCGCUGGAUUUGCUGGGCAGCGUGCCUGACUGGACGCUUCGCCCGACCAUUCUCACCUACAAUGCGGUGAUCAGUGCCUGUAAGAAUGUUGGCCACUGGCCGGCCGUGUUCGCAUUGCUUGCGGAGCUGCCUUCGGUGGGGCUUCGACCGAACGACGCCAGCUUGAAUGCCGCCCUCGAUGCUUCGGCGCAAGCACACCGCUGGGCCGACUGUCUCAGGCUCGUCGCAGCUGCCGAGGAGGGAAACGUCUCUCUGGACGCCCUCGCGUACCAGGCCGCUCUGGUUGCAUGUUCUGGCAGCCAUUGCUUUGGUGGUUGCCUUCUUCUUCUCAAGAGGCUGCGAAGCUUCACUUGCCGAAUUCUUCCGCCAGAUGGUUUCCACUGA